GCAUGCGCAGUAAAGUCAAGUGUGCCCAGCGGCUAUCUGGGAAACUAUCAAGCUAACUGUUGGACCUAAUUUGUCGCAUGUGUUAAUUUCAAGUGGCGUUCAAAGUUCGGACGUUUUUAUUACCGGUAUUAGACUAUGAUAUCAAGUAUGUUGUUGGUAGUGUUACGCGAUGUAGGCCGUCGCUAGUAAGAUAUCUCAACAACGAUGUUUUGCUAGUAAACAUGCUAUCGCUAGGUAGAUAACAUCUAACGUUUGACGGCUAACAACUUAAUGCCUGUGACCCAAUUGCUAACAUUAGCAUAAUUUGUUUACGUAUAGCUACUAUUUGGUAGGCGAUCAAUAAUACCUUUGUUGUCGUCGUCUUCCGUGUUGACAGGUAGCUAUCCAAUUAACGUUAAUUUUAACAUUAGGCGAAGUGACUGGCCAGCCAAAAUAGUUUAGCUAGCUUUGCCUAUGUUCAGAGAUACUGGACCUCGACCUAUCGUUACAAUGCAAAUCACAUUUAAGGGAAAUUAGACUUUUUGAAAAGUAUUGAUACCCAUCGAUAUGGACUGAUAGCUUACGUUAGCUCGUCGAGGUUUCUGUUUAAGAUGUUGACAGGUCUUUAAAGCUGAACAAUCAAGACUUUCUCAAGAAUGGAUAAGCCACCUUUCAGACAGACGCAGAACCAGGUUUGCGGCGCGUGGGUGAUGAAGGAGCGAUUGGGCACCGGCGGCUUUGGACACGUCUAUCUCUACCAGCAUAUGGAGGGCAAUGACAAAAUUGCGGUGAAGCUGUGCCGCUUGGAGCUCAAUGCUAAAAACAAGGAUCGAUGGAGUCGGGAGAUCCAGAUCAUGAAGAAGCUGAACCAUCUGAACGUUGUGACGGCCAGGGAGGUCCCCGAGGAGAUGAAGCACAUAGCCCUGAACGACCUGCCCCUCCUGGCCAUGGAGUACUGCUCCAAAGGAGACCUGCGAAAGAUCGAUGGCAAGCUGGUCCAUAAGAUCAUAGAUCUGGGCUAUGCCAAAGACCUGGACCAGGGCAGUCUCUGUACCUCAUUUGUUGGCACCUUGCAGUACCUGGCUCCGGAGCUAUUUGAGAAUAAGCCGUACACAGUGACGGUGGACUACUGGAGCUUUGGCACAAUGAUCUUCGAAUGCAGCUGCGGGUUCCGCCCUUUCUUGCACAACCUGCAGCCAGUGCAGUGGACAACCAAAGUGCGCAACAAAGGGCCCAAGGACAUCAUGGCAGUGGAGGAUAUGAAUGGAGAAGUGCGGUUCUCCACACACCUACCCUACCCCAACAACCUCAGCAGGACACUGUUGGAUCCUCUGGAGAGCCUGUUGCAGCUGAUGCUGCGCUGGGACCCUGUGCAGAGAGGAGGGGCUCUGCACCAUGAGAGCCGACAGCCCCAGUGCUUCAGUGUGCUGGAGGAGAUUCUCAGCAUGAAGGUGGUGCACAUCCUGAACAUGGCGUCCACUCAGGUCCACUCCUUCCUGCUGUCCCCAGACGAGGGGCUGCACUCUCUGCAGCAGCGCAUCGAGGCUGAGACGGGCAUCCAGCACCUGCACCAGGAGCUGCUGCAAGAGACCGGCGUCUCGCUCGACCCGCGCAAGCCCGCCGCCCAGUGCGUCCUAGACGGAGUGAGGGGGUGGGACCGCUACAUCGUCUACCUGUUCGACAGGAGCCUGACCAAGUACCUGGGGCCCUUCACUGCCAGACCACUGCCCGACAGCGUCAACUUUAUCGUGAGGGAGACUAAGACCCAGCUGGCCCUGAGUGCGCUGAGGAAGGUGUGGGGGGAGGCGGUGAGCUACAUCUGUGGGCUGAGAGAGGACUACAGCCGUCUCUUCCAGGGACAGAGAGCAGCCAUGUUGAGUCUCCUGCGCUACAACACCAACCUGACGCGCUACAAGACGCUGAUGUUCUCGUUGUCUCAGCAGCUCAAGGCCAAGCUUGACUUCUUCCGCAGCAGCAUUCAGUACGACCUGGACAAGUACCGCGACCAGAUGCAGUAUGGGAUAUACCAGAUGCAGUAUGGGAUAUGUGAGUACCAGAUGCAGUAUGAGAUAUGCGAGUACCAGAUGCAGUAUGGGAUAUGUGAGUACCAGAUGCAGUAUGGGAUCUGUGAGUACUGCGACCAGAUGCAGUAUGGGAUAUCUUCUGAGAAGAUGCUGAGAGCCUGGCAAGAUAAUGAGGAGAAGGCAGCUGCCUUUGCCCAGGCGGCGGAGGUGGGCCAUCUGGAUGAGGAGAUCAUGGCUCUACACUCGGAGAUCGUUGAGCUACAGCGGAGUCCUUAUGCCCGUCGUCAAGGCGACAUCAUGGAACAACUAGCAGAGAAGGCUAUUGAGCUCUACAAGCAGCUGAAGGCCAAGUGCAAAAUGCCUGACCCUCAACAUGGUUACAGUGACAGCUCUGAGAUGGUGAAGGUCAUUGUGCAGACCGUCCAGAACCAGGAUAAAGUGCUCAGAGACCUCUACUGCCACCUCAGUAAGAUCCUUCUGAGCAAGCAGAAGAUCAUCGACUUGUUCCCUAAGAUCGAGCGCACGCUGGAGAGCAUCAAAGAGGCCGACUGCACCGUCAUGCAGAUGCAGCUGAAGAGGCAGAGGGAGUUCUGGCACCUGCUCAAGAUCGCCUGCGCCCAGAACACCAGCCGUAACUCUCUGUCGGGUGCAGGUGCAGGGGGGGGGGACGUGAGCUGGAGCUCCGCCUCUCAGCACCAACCCCCAUCUGGCCCCGCCUCCAGCUCCCCCCACCUGCUGCGCUCACUACCUGGACCCCAAGAUGGUGAGUCUGUCCAGAACCUGCUGGAGGAGAACCAGAGGUACCUAAGUCAACUGACCAGCCUGUUACAGGAGACCACCGACGACAAGACGGAGAGCAUCAUGGAGCAGGACUGGAGCUGGACAAGAUAUGAGUCUCUGGUGUCCAAGCCCCAUAUACAGCACGUCUAGAGUCCCACGGCCCCAGCAGGAGGGGGGCAUACCGGUUCUGACCGCAGCAGGAGGGGGGCAUACCGGUUCUGAUCCUUUUCCUGCUCUGCGUCCUGCUGCUUCCUCCCGCUCUGCAUUGAGCACAGGGGCAUGAGAGGCUGGGGCGGCCCAUUAGGGCUGAGCUACACCAGGCGCGGAACCAGCUACUUCAGUUGUUCUAGCAGACGCAAACGGAAUGCCUCAGUUCCGCGCCUGGUGUAGCUCCACCCUUAGAGACGGAGUCCACAGACCAGAGGCCUCUUUUAAUGCAACCUCCCAAACACACGUAUACGUACACAAGUACAUCUAUAAAUAUGCAUAUAUUUAUUAUCAAUUAUGUUCCUUUGAUCUGUGUUCAAUUGUGUAAUUGUUCAGGUGCUGUCAGAUAUGUGUAAGCAUUGGGUGGCGUGAAUUCUGGGUGAUUGUCUUACAGGGGUUAAGCUGUCUCUGAUUGGACGGUGGAUGUGCACUUUAAGUGUCUGUUCAGAAUGUGUUGGUUCUGGCCUUAACCAGCAUGGAUGCAACUAAUAGCAGAUUUGAGGUAAACGAUAGCUGACGUAUGUGGCCAAUGGCGUGGCAGCACAGAAGAAGCUGAUUGGGUGCCUGGACUUUUGAGGAAAGCAAGUUCUUCCCGUAUGUUGCACAACUGAAUUGUGUCUGACUCUCUUCUCCUGUGUUCAUCAAGUGACUUUGUGAAAUAAAACAUCUCCUACACCUGUA